GGCAUUUUUAAAAAGAAAUACAUGAUGAUUAUUAUAAUUAUUAUUUGUUUUAGUCAAGUGGGUCUUGCUAACUCUGAAGUAAACCCCUCCCAGAUUCGGGCAUUUUAGUAUUGCAUUUCUUUUAUAAAAAUAUAAAAUUAAUUUAAUAAUAUUAAAUUACGUGAGAAAUGAGAAAUAAUACUUAUGAUCUCAACACAUUUUUUGAACAUAAUAAUAUCAUUAAAGAAAGCUUUGACUCUUAGUUUAUGGACUAAAGAAGAAGAAGAAGAAAACUCUCCAAAAUCAUGGAUAUGGAUAUGGAUAUGGAUUCCACUGAAACCAGUAAACUCGUCGGGAAAACUAACGACGACCCAUUAUCAGAAACAGAACCACCGGCGACCAAAACCAACAACCGCCACCCAUUUAUUAUAAAAUUACUCAAAAUUAUUCUGGAACCUCUUCAAUGGCUACAAAUGCUUUCUUCCCAACUAAACCCCACCUUCGUCUUCGGCGUAAUCCUCGUUUACGGCUUUAACCAAGGUUUCUCCGGCUCUUUCUUCAAGGUAGUUUCCGAUUACUACUGGAAAGAUGUUCAGAAGAUCCAACCCUCCGUAGUUCAGCUCUACACCGGUCUCUACUCAAUCCCUUGGAUUAUGAAACCCAUUUGGGGCCUCAUGACUGAUGUUUUUCCCGUCAAGGGCUACCGCCGCCGUCCCUAUUUCAUUCUCGCCGGCGUCGUGGGCGCAAUCUCCGCCGCCAUUGUGGCAAUCGGAGGGAAAUUGACGGCGGGCGUUGCCUUGAGCUGUCUUAUUGGAUUAUCGGCGGCGGUGGCCAUAGCCGACGUGACAAUCGAUGCUUGCAUAGCGAGGAAUAGCAUCGAGAUUCGUUCUUUAGCUUCAGAUUUACAGAGUUUAUGUGGGUUUUCUUCCUCCGCCGGAGCUUUGAUUGGGUACUCCACAAGUGGGUUUUUUGUUCACCAUCUUGGUCCUCAGGUGUCGUUGGGGAUUUUGGCCAUUCCACCGGCUUUACUGGUUUUUCUGGGUUUCAUUAUAUAUGAACACCGAACAACCACUCGUUCUUCUGAGGAAAACAAGUCAACAGAGAAGUUAGGAUUGGCAUUAAAGGGCAUGUACAAAACAAUAAGAUUCCCUCAAGUGUGGAAGCCAUCACUUUACAUGUUCCUAUCCUUGGCUCUCAGUUUUAGUACUCAUGAAGGCCAUUUUUAUUGGUACACUGACCCCAAAGCUGGUCCUGCUUUCUCUCAGGAGUUUGUGGGGAUCAUUUAUGCCAUUGGUGCAUUGGCAUCUAUGGUAGGAGUACUAAUCUACCACAAGAAUCUUAAGGACUACCCUUUCAGAAGCAUACUCUUCAUGGCACAACUUCUCUACAGUGUGUGUGGAAUGUUGGACCUUAUGUUCAUCCUUAGGUGGAACUUAGCUCUCGGAAUCCCAGACUACUUGUUUGUGAUUAUGGAAGAAUGUGUUUCUAGAAUCGUGAGCAGAAUUCGAUGGAUGCCUAUGAUCGUGUUGAGCAGUCGACUCUGCCCUCUUGGAAUCGAAGGCACCUUCUUUGCCCUACUUAUGUGCAUUGAUAGCCUUGGCUCCUUAACCUCAAAAUGGGGUGGUGGAAUGGUGCUUCAUUUGUUUCAUGUCACUAGAAAUGACUUUACAAACUUAUGGUUGGUUGUUCUCAUUAGGAAUGUUUUGAGGUUUUCGACUUUGGCUUUAAUAUUUUUGGUCCCCAAGUCUGGUCAAUCCGAGGCUAUCAUCCCUUCAGAUAUUUUGACCAAUAAUUCUGCAUCCAUUACUAUUGACGAUAAGGAGGAAAAAGAUAAGAACUUAGAGCUAGUUCCUAUGAUCAAUGUUGAGAAAGCUCAAGUUUAUUAGGUAGCUUUUCUCAGAAAGGUGUAUAAAAACGUGGUUCGAAAGAGUAUUGUUAUCAUUUUGUCAUUUUCACAAUUAGAGGGGGAGAAGUUCGAAUUUGGAACUUCUUUUUUUGUAAGAAA